GUAGUGGUAAGGGGAAAGGCAAGGGAGGCUUCGACCCGUUGACCGGUCUCGCGGUGGAAGAGGAGGAGGAAGACAUGCACUUCCCCGGGUGGAACGUCGUGGAAGAGGACGUGGAGCGCGGCAAGAGUCUGAUGCCGACCGUUGCGGGGAUUCUCGGCAAAGACAAAGUUGCUGCGGAGGAGGACGGACCGUUAGGUGGUGUGCUGGACACGAUGGCCGCUCCCGAGCAAGACUCGGUCGCCGGCUUCCUCGGCGGCGCGAAAAAGCGGCGUGGCAACCGCCCGGCCCGGCCGGACGAGAUGCCGAUCCCGGGCAACAAGGCGGCGGACUUGCGGGCGAAGAAGAAUCCGAACUGGUUUGAGGAGAAGGGCGAAGGUGCCGAAGAGUUUCUGCAGGCCGCUGCGAAUAAAGCGCGGGAAGAGUUUUUGAAGAAGGCUUUGAACUCUCUGAAGAAGGGUCAAUCGCUCGAGUCCAUCGACUUUGCCACGUUGAUGAAGGAGGAGAUGGACGCCGACGUGGACGGGGAGGACCAGCAGGAGAGCAUGACGAAGCAGGGAAAGCGGGUCGUGUUCGGCGUGCAGAAGUCCACGAACUACCAGUACCAGGCGCAGCGGCAGGCGGGCACGAACGCGGGGACGACCACGAACCAGAAGCCGGUCGUGGGUGCGGGCAUGAACACGCAAUUUGCGCAGAUCCAGGAGCAAGCGCGAAUCGCGAAGGACGAGGCCACUUUGCGCACCAUGGAGCAGAUGCAGACGUUGCAGUCGAUGGGCGGGUCGCUGAUGGCGGGCGAAACGCCCGAGGAGGCGUUGAUGCGACAGCAGAUCGAAACCCACCUCCAGGGCGCGGGCGGCGGCAUGGCGGCUCCGCGCAUGGGCGAAGCGGUGCCUCUCACCGGUGGUGCGCAACUCGUGAUGGCGCCGGCCCAGCCGAACCACCAGAUGACGCUGGUGGACCCCCGGGCGGAAAAGAAGCGGCAGAAGAAGGAACAGAAGAAGAAGAAGCAGCUGGCCACGGCGUUGCAGAACUUGGACGCGGGAGACACUUUGGAAUUGGACACUCUGACGCUGGAAAACAUGGAUGAAGAAACGAAAAAGUUGAUGACGAGCGAUCUGGUUAUCACCUCCACCGGUUCCGGGUGGAUGUUGAAAAAGGUCGGGGACAAGGUCGUCAACCCGAACGCCGGGAAAAAGAAAAACAAGAUUACCACCGAGGCGCAGCAGGCCGCGGCCGACGAGAUGGCCGAGCAGCAAGAACCCGCGCCGGUGAUCGACCGGAACGAGAUCACGUUGGACGACAUCACCGACGACAAGAUUGCGGCCUUGGAAGCGGAACAGAAAACCAAAAUCGUGUCUUUGGACGAUCGUCUGCGCGCGAUGGACGCCCUGCGCGAGCAGCAGCAACAGUUGAAGGACCGGCGAAAGCAGGAGCGCGCCGACCAGGGCUUGCCGCCAAUCGAGGAGGGGAACGAGGAGGACGAGCUUGAAGGAGAUGAUGAUGGCACAGGGGCGAAUAAAGCCCCGGGCCUCGAACCCAUGGUUGGCUAUGGGCAGGAGCAGGGCCCCAGCAUCCCCGCGGCCUUCGACAAAUCCGGCGGGAUCACGAAGAAGCGCAAGAACGAGGCUACCAACGAGAAGGAGGUGAACCUGGGGUCUAUCUCCAUCGUGGCGUACGGGCAGCAGGGCCCGCGGGACAUGCUCAACGUCGAGGUCGACGAGGAGGGGAAAGUCACGACAAAAAAGAAGGACGAUAAAUCUAAAGCUGCUGUUCCUGCAAAAGACGAUGCGAACAAGGAUGAGUUUGACGCUAUGGUCUCCUCCAAGUUGGAGAAGGAACUCGCCGGGCAAACGAAGAAGGUCGGCCAGAUCCUUCCCGGGUUCUUCGGCGGCAGCUCGAAGCAGAAGGAAGCUGCGACUCUGAAGCGCAAGUCGGACGAGGGGACGAGCGUCAGCGUCGGCGGCGCGGUGCCGAAAGCCGGGGGCAAGAAGCUGAAGAUCACCACGGAUGAGGACGAGGCGUUGCAGGAAGGAAAGAAGAAGAAUUCCCUGAAGCGACAGAGCAACGACAACGUAGGUGAUGAAACCGCAACGAAGAAACCCUUCGGGUCGGUGCCGAAAGCGAAGGCACCAGUCAAGAAGGUGAAAAAGUUCACAAUCGGGGGCGACGACAGCGGCAGUUCUUCGAGCAGCUCUUCCGACAGUUCCGAUGACGACGAGUUCCACGACGCGAAGUCCAAGCCGUCCACCUCCCCGAAGGAGACGCCGGAGGAGGCGGAGCGCAAGCGGGCGGCGCGCGCGGCCCGAAAGGAGCGGGAGCGGCAGGAGAAGGUGCUGGCAAAGGCAGUGCCGAAGUCGGCGGCGGUUUCGGCGCAGCGCCCGGGCACGGAAGGACAGGCGGUCGUGCAAAAGGAUACUUAUCAGCUGACGGACAACCAAAACACGGAGUCGUACGACCCGAACGAGGGCGAGGCUAUGGACUACGUCCAGCAGCUGCAGAUGCAAAACAUGAUGAUGCAACAGUCUUACGCCUCCGUGAUGCAAUCCAUCACCGACGAAGCCGCCGGACCGGGGGCGAACGGGCCGGUCCUGGGGCGGAAGAUCUACAAGACCCGCAUGUGUCGCUUCAUGCACGAAAAGGGCUGGUGUCCGCACGGAGAAAUCUGUACCUUCGCACACAACGUCGAGGAGCUGCCGCCAUCGUACAAGAGGGAGCUGUGUCAGGCAUUUCAGCUGCUCGGAACCUGUCAGCACGGAAUCAACUGCAAAUACGCACACGGUAAAUUAUAUGAUUCUUGGAUCUUUUCUUCAUCUUCGAGCAAUCGAAUGAUGCGAUAGAUAGAUUGCCUCAGUACAUCUUCAUGUUGUACGUAGUACAUAAGGAGAGCCAGCAUUAUUUGUUUUUGCAUUUUCCCAGGAGCACACUAACAUAUAAGAAUAACAAAAAAACAACAGGUGUCGCGGAACUCCGUGGUCAGCGUACGGCUGCUGGCGGCAAGUUCGUGGAGGACGACGACGAGAAGAUCGUGUGCGAGGACGUUACCGGCUUUGGUUCCGGUGCGAACAACGUGCCGCUCGGGACCCCCACCUUUAGUGCCGACGCCGCGCCCCCACCGCCGCAGCGGCAGCAACCCCCACCAGCACCCGCGAAACCCCUGCCAAAUAUGCGCACCCUGACGGAGAGCUCCAUUCCGGCGGAGAGCCACAUUCCCGGGUUCAGCCAGACUAUGCUGCAGGCAUCUAUGGCGCGGUCCCAACCCAAGGCCGCGGGUUUAAGAGAGAGAAUGGGCGGCGACGGGACGGCGAGUGCCGUGAUGCGCGAUGUCGAUGACGAGGAAAGAAGAGACCAUCGUCGAGGAGGAGAUCGGGAAGAGAAGGGCCGAGACGGCGGUGGGAGCCGAAACAAGGACGUAUCAAAAGGAAAAAUCCCCCCACCCCAUAUCGAAAACGUAUCCGUCUGAAAAUUUGUGAUGCGCAUUUGUGACCUCAAAUCCUGUCUGUCGUGCAAGAAGGCAAGUCCAGAAAGCCUUCCGCAUUUUGCAGGCGGUUUGCCAUGCUGUUUGGCUUAGAGCAUACACGUUUGUCAUGCUAGGCGCCUACGUCAAAGCCUCUCGGCUGAGGCUUGGCAUAUGCCUGCACUCCUCUACUGCAAUACAAAUCUGAUUUGUGUAUGGAAAUCCAGCAUCAGAAACUUCGUUUCGAUAUGGGGAGGGGGGAUUUUUUCUUUUGAUAGGACGGCUACUGGGACAAGAACGGCGAGUUUCAGUUCACUGGUGGAGGCAAGAAACGCGAGGAAAACCUAUCAAAUGUAAAAAUGUCUGGGUCUGGAAGAUUUCUAGAUUUGUCAUGCAUAUUUUCCAUGACCCAUGAUGUCUGUGAUGCAUUUCGUAGCACUACAGACUCUUAGAGCGCUUUAUGAUACCUCUACCGCAUGAAAAAAGAAAUGCCUUCUCCGCGUAGCAUAAACUGGAGCCCUCUUGCUAGUCAUGCAAUACAAAUUUUUUCAGAAUCCAGAGACAGCAUCACAAGUUUAGAAUGUUCCAGACCCAGACAUAUUUGCAUUUGAUACAACCGGGAGGACGACUACCAGAGAAGUCGCCGGGAAGAACGCGAGAGGGAACGCGACUACGGGAGAUAAGGAAAUGGUAUGGAAAUAUCAUCAUGGAGUUUAUGGUCAACCUCAACAUACUUACAACUACAUCAACAACGUCUGUUCAUCUUUUUCUUUGCAUUCCUCGCUCUCUAUCUAAGUCAAGAACCAGUAUCCAUGUCAAGCGUGGACGAUAUGCCAAUCUGUAUCUAUGCCGAUGGAUCAUGAUUUUUAUUUCGAUUCGUUUGUCUAAGUUCAGUUGACAAUUGAAAUAAAAACAAAAACAGGUAUCGCACGACCAAACAAGUAGGGAAUUGCAUGAUCGACAUGGAGCUACUGGAAUCACUACCGAUACGAUUGAGGUAUCACAAUUACAACCGCAACUUGUCGUGGAUCGUGAUGUAGUUGAUGCAAUACUUCUUGCUAAGUUUUACGUGAUCGACGACACAUGAAACUUAUUCUCAGUGUGAUUGAGCAGAUUCAGGAGGACAAAUCAAACCUUAAGGUUAACCUAAGUAUUAUUCUACACUGAAUUAAAGGUACAACUACAACCUCAUGGCGACAGCACGGGGAGAAACGAAAAGGAACACUGAAACCCGUUGUGGAAAAAUCCGAUUCUACCGAUAACGAUGUCAUGCUCAUGCCUAUUAGUCGCGAAAAAUUGAUUGUCCACAAAACCGAAUAGUAAAUUUUUCAUUUUCGCAGAACAAAGACAAACAUCAUCGUCAACAUCAACUUCAACAGAAAGCAAGUUUAAGUGUAGUUUAUCUGAAGCAUCUGAGUCGGUGGAUCUUUGUCUUUCGACAAAGAUGCUUCAUCUUCUUGUGUCAAGAAUACAGAAUUGUAUAUUCUUCCCGAUUGCAGUAAAAGCAUUUAUUUUCUGCAAUCGAGUAACCAUACGUCAGCGACCAAUUAAUACGAAGAUAGAUGAAGCUGUUGCUGCCCCCGGCAGGUGCCACGAAGACAACAGUUUCGAAGAAAAAAAUGUCAUGGGCAUCACGACCAAAAAAAACAUCCUUUGAACAUCAGUUGGGCGCCACUGCCAUGACUCUGGACUAUUGCCAAAAUAGUUUGCAGAAGCAGAAGAAGCUGAUCGUAUUCGAUGAUAGUGGAGCAAGAUAGAUGACCUUCAUAAUUUCACCGCUUAACUUCAUCCAACUUGAGCCUCUUUCCUGAUCUGUACCUAUUUGAACCUGAAUUUCACCGCUACAAACUGGCUACAGCUAGAAGACUUGUAUUGUCUGACUGAUGAAAAUAUCAAUUUCAUCUCAGAUUUUUUGGAGAUAAUGCCUUUUGCUUCAUCUCUUGGUAUAGUUGUUUGGAAAAGAAAACAC